GGAGUUGGGAGGGAUUAUAAAUAGGCAUACGCCAUUUUCUCUUAGGGUUUAUAUCUUUUCCCACUUUUCUUAUUUACAUUAUUAUUUGGGCACGAUGAAAUAAGAGUCAUAACCUCCCUCCCUCCCCUGUCCUUCCUUCCUUCCUUCCUUCCUUCCUUCCUUCAUCCCCCUCUCGCUUGGCGAUAACGCUCCGGCAAAACUCCCUUUUUCUUUUUCUUUUCUUUUUCUUCUUUCUAUUCCCUCAUUCUUCCACUUCCUAUCAACCGCAUUUGUUUAGAAAACAAAAAGAAAGGGAAAAAGACAAAUAUUUGUACGCGGGUGGUUUUUUGUUAUAUAAUUGGAUCCAACGCUGGAGGCCGAGGAGUCAAGAAUGAGAAAGGAGAGACGACGAGAUAAGAAGAUGAAAGGAAGGAUUUCGAUGAUUGGGAGUUACGCCAUUGCAUCUUCCAUCAAAGACCACCACCAUCAGCGCCCUUCCAUUACCUGCACUACCUUUAAUAUACUCGCUCCCAUUUACAAGCGUCUCAGUCAACAGGAUCCCAGUUGCCGCGAAAGCGAUUACAGGACAUACUGGCUAGCCAGAAACCAGAGAAUUCUCGAUUGGCUCUUGUAUGAGAAAUCUUCCAUUAUCUGCCUUCAGGAAUUCUGGGUUGGAAGCGAAGAACUUGUAAAUAUAUACGAAAACAGACUCCGCAAUGCCGGUUAUAUCAGUUUCAAGCUUGCUCGGACCAAUAACCGUGGCGAUGGUUUGUUGACUGCGGUGCAUAAGGAUUAUUUUAGAGUGGUAAACUACCGAGAGCUGCUAUUUCACGAUUGCGGAGACCGUGUUGCGCAGCUAUUACAUGUUGAAUUAGCAGUUCCGUUUUCACAGUGCCGAAACAAUGAUAUUCGACAGGAAAUACUCAUCGUCAACACUCACUUGUUAUUUCCUCAUGAUUCUAGUCUCUGUCUUGUACGGUUGAAUCAAGUAUACAAAAUCCUGCAAUACGUUGAAUCUUAUCAGAAGGAAAACAAACUCAAUCCCAUGCCCAUCAUACUUUGCGGUGACUGGAAUGGAAGCAAACGUGGACACGUGUACAAGUUUCUUAGGUCGCAGGGGUUUGUAUCGUCAUAUGACACGGCUCACCAAUACGCAGAUGCAGAUGCACGCAAGUGGGUGAGUCACCGGAAUCAUCGGGGAAACAUUUGCGGGGUUGACUUCAUAUGGCUUUUAAAUCCGAACGGUUACAGAAAAUUGCUAAAAACAAGCUGGAGUGAAGCUGUUUUUGGCAUGUUCAAGUAUCUGCUUCGAAGAGCUUCGCUGACAGAGGAUGAUGCAUUUGCCUUUCUGAAGGCGGACAAUGAUGGUGACUAUAUAACCUACUCUGGUUUCUGUGAGGCACUUCGACAGCUCAAUUUAACUGGUCAUCCUCAUGGCCUUAGCGUCGGAGAGAUAAAGGACUUGUGGGUACAAGCAGACAGUGAUGGAAAUGGCAUUCUCGAUCAUAAUGAAUUUCAGCAGAGAAUUUGGAAUUCUACUGGGACCGAGGAGAGGGAUGAGAAAAGCAAUGAGGUUGAAUCAAAGGAAAAUCAGGAGCAAACAAUUGGUUUCAGUGUUGAGAAUGCAGUCCUGUUUCCUGCUGAAGUGGAGAAAGGAAGGUGGCCUGAAGACUACUCCCUUUCAGAUCAUGCACGACUCACUGUGGUGUUCGCACCCAUAAGAAUGCCCUGUUCUCAGUUGAUAUCCUGAUAGCAUACAAUUGUUACUGUAUACAAAAAGAAGUGGAAACCACAAUUCACAAUUGCAAUGCUCGCUCUCGAGGGAUGAAACGUCGAGAGAUUUCUGGGCACACACACAACUCAGAUUGAUUUACGUCCAAUACCAUUUUCAUUUUCCAACCUGGACUUGGAGGAAGGAACACAUCUGCAACCACAAGGUCGCAUCCAUUUUUGGGGAGCAGACUCCGACCCCUCUUAAUCCCUGCAUCUACACACUACUACAGUCAAUUGUCGAACAAGUGAAAGGAAGGAUAGAGCCCAUAAUGUGUACAGAUACAUACUACAGACAGAGACAGCUACUGGUUACAGAAAUAAUUGGCCCUUGCUUAUGUACUUUUUACGGGACGUAUAACAUAUGUACAGCUUCAUAGUACUUUUGGUAUUUGGUAUAGAAACAGUUCAUUAGGUCGGGAAUGGAGGACGAGAUAGGGUCAUCACUGUAAAGAACCAAAUGAAUGUGUUUGUUUUAAAGCGAUUGAUAAAAGUGACUUUUUUCUUCUC